AUAGCGACUGUUAGCACAGCCAAUAGCUACUUUCCUUACUGAGGAGUUGGCAACACUGUACUCUCGCGGUACUUACCCUACCCACAAGCCCCCGGUCUUCCUUUCUGCCUGAACCGAAAUGCCUAAGGGAAAGAAGGCUAAGGGGAAGAAGGUGGCACCCGCCCCUUCGGUGGCCAAAAAACAUGAGGCCAAGAAAGUCGUCAACCCCCUGUUUGAGAAGAGGCCAAAGAACUAUGGCAUCGGCCAGGACAUCCAGCCGAAGCGGGACCUGACGCGCUUUGUGAAGUGGCCUCGUUACGUCCGCCUCCAGAGGCAGCACUCCAUUCUGUACAAGCGUCUGAAGGUUCCUCCUGCAAUCAACCAGUUCACCCAGGCUCUGGACCGCCAGACAGCCACCCAGCUGUUUAAGCUGGCCCACAAGUACAGACCAGAGACCAAGCAGGAGAAGAGGAAGAGGCUGCUGGCUCGUGCCGAGCAGAAGGCAGCCGGGAAAGGAGACACUCCUACCAAGAGGCCUCCUGUCCUUCGCGCAGGUGUGAAUAGCGUCACCUCUCUGGUGGAGAACAAGAAGGCUCAGCUGGUCGUCAUUGCCCACGAUGUGGAUCCAAUUGAGCUCGUGGUUUUCCUGCCUGCUCUGUGCCGUAAGAUGGGCGUCCCAUACUGUAUCGUGAAGGGCAAGGCCAGACUGGGAAGACUGGUGCACAGGAAGACGUGCACUUCGUUUGCUUUCACACAGGUUAACCCUGAGGAUAAAGGUGCCCUGGCUAAGCUUGUGGAGGCUAUCAAGACCAACUACAAUGACAGAUAUGAGGAGAUCCGUCGUCACUGGGGAGGUGGUAUCCUGGGCCCCAAAUCCACAGCCCGCUUUACCAAGCUGGAGAAGGCUAAGGCCAAGGAACUGGCAACCAAGCUUGGUUAAAAUAUUUGGAAUAAAAAAUGUAUGUUCUAAUACAA